CCCACGUGAGCGGAAGUGUUUGACAUUACCAAAACACUGCGCUGGCCACUGGAGCAGGAGACUCUUUAUCUGCGGAUGUGACACGGUUACAAAUAGGAAGAAUCCGGGAGGAGUAAAAAAACAUUAGCAAUGGUCUGUUGAAGCGGUAUACUGUCUUUAUCAAUUUCAAUUUAUUUUCUUGUUAGUUUCGGGUUGUUUACUUCCAUCUAGGAAGCACUAUGGUCGAGCAGUCGGAUCGCGCUCCGCUGCUCGACUGGGAGGAGAUUCCACCAACUAAACUUAGCCAGGCAAAAGAAAAUGGUACGGAUUCGAGUCCGCCAGGUCGCCGUCCUUUGGGCAGCACCGCGUCUACCAUCAGCUGUGGGAGUCCAGCAGUUGUAACAGCUGUGCCGAGCGUGAACGGGAGCCCUCGCCUUGAUUACCCUGGCCCAUGGGAUGUUCCCAGUCCCAUCCAUGCCGACCCUGGAAUAUCUCUAAAAGAACGUGUGGGAUGGGAGGAAAGAGACCAAAUAGUGUCUGUGUUUGUGGUAACCUUUGACACAAGAUCAGGUAACAUGGUGGAAUGGUGCCUUCCGCCUGACGUGAAUCUUGAUGGAGUGGAAUUCAAGUCAAUGGCGAGUGGCUCACACAGAAUCGCCAAUGACUUCAUAUAUUUCCGAAAAGGCUGCUACUUUGGGCUGGCGUGUUUUGCAAACAUGCCUGUUGAGAGUGAAUUGGAAAGAGGAGCACGCAUGAAGUCUGUGGGUAUCCUGUGUCCAUCUUACACACUUCUGUAUCGCUACAUGCACUUCCUUGAGAACCAGGUCAGACACCAGUUGCAGUGCCCUGGCUCAUACUCUCCUCUGGAAGCCUUCUAUGAGGAUAAGAAAGCUGUGCUGGCCCCAGCUGGGACUGGUGCGGUCCCUGCUUGUCCAACCAGUGGCUGGUUUCCAGCGAUCAACCGAUGCAUGCAUCCAGAGAUGAAGAUCACCCACCCAGCGGGCUGCAUGUCCCAGUUCAUCCGCUUCUUUGGGGAGCAGAUCAUGGUGCUGUGGAAGUUUGCCCUGCUCCGAAAACGGAUCCUUAUUUUCUCUCCUCCGCCCGUUGGUGUGGUGUGCUACAGAGUGUACUGCUGUUGUUGUCUGGCCAACGUGUCUAUACCUGGUGUUGGCGUAUCUGUGCCUGAGUUCCGCCCCUUUUUCUACAUCAAUGUGGCAGAUAUUGCUGUCCUGGCGACCGAGAUGUCAUAUGUGGCCUGUACCACAGAAAAGAUAUUCGCGGAGAAGAAGGAGCUAUAUGACGUGUAUGUGGAUAAUCAGAAUGUGAAGACACACCGAGACAGUCUGCAGUCACUACUCCGGCUGAAUGGGGCGGACCGGGACAAGUACAGGAAACUCAGUGAACAGAGGCAAAUGCUACUUUACACUCAGGAGGUGGACGGAGACUGCACAUCAAAUGAGGAAGACCUCUUCAUUCUGUUUUUCAUGGAGCAGAAUAACCGUAUCUUCCAGACUCUAUCAGAGGUGGCAGGGAGUGAGGACCCCACGCUGACAGAAGACCAUAUGAGGGCAAUGGGCCUGGAUCCCCAGGCAGACCGCGCCUUCUUGGUGGAUCUGAUGGAGGUCUACAACGUUGAUGCCAUGCUGGUUGUCGAUAAUCCCUGCUGCCGCUGAGCCACGUGUGGCUUUUUCAGGUCAACCCGAAAACACUGCCUCCCUUUUACUCCAGUUGCCUCCAGCCCAUCUCUCUCAUGGUCUCUUGCCAUGGCUCCAGGAUAAAGCUGACUUGGGCCAGUAUUAACUUACUGAUCACACAACUGGUCAAUUGGGCCACAGCGAUCGACGAGACACCGUCUGUUUCCCUGCAGUGUUGCCUGGCUGAAGUACAUUUCAAAUUUAACAAACCACUUGUCUUGUUCUUCUCUGCAUCUGUUCACUUCGCAUUUGGAUCACUGCUUGGGUCACGAGGUCUAGUAAGUUCAAGUGGAACCUUUAUUCUGUGUGUCUCAGUUUAUGGCUCCCAAUACUGUCACACUGCAGACAUGAACCAACGGCACCACAAAUCUAGUAUUCACUGUGGAUUGUUCUCUACUUGAUGCCUUUCUUAACUCCAUGGAAUUCUAUGUCAGUUUCAAUAAUCAAGAAAGUUGGUCACAUUAACAGGAAGACUGUUUUUUUUUUUCUUUCUCAGCAAAUCCCAACUUUAAAGGGAAAAUGUUUAAUUCCCUCACAGAAAGAGGUAUGUAUUAUGGAGUUUAGAUUGAUAAGGGAAUAGUUGUUAACUGGUAGCAUUUAAUUCGAAACUAGAACUUGACCUAAUCCAAUGCUGACAUUUAAGUGGUGAGUCCAUUUACUUGUAUGUUUUUCACAUGUUUAUGGUGAUGUCUGGAUAUGUCUUGUAUAAUAUUUUGUAGAGUUCCAUAAUUUGUUGUUUACAACUGUGAACCUGGCGAACUAAUGUUAUUUUAUGAUGUUUCACAAAUGCUGCAUUUGCUACUCAAUCUCUGGAUUGUUUUUAGAUGGCUAAAUGAUUAUGGAUGAACUUAUGUUUUGAUUUAGUAGUAUAAUGAUCUGUGAUCAGAGGAAAUCAUGUGUAACAGACCUGUUAGAGAACUAACUGUUUCUGUCUCAGCCAGCAGCAGCUCUUCAAGGAGAGAGGCUUUUUGUGUGCUGUUCUUGAUUUAAAGUCUAAUGACGAUUUAUGAAAGAGCAAUGUUGCGGAUUGAACGAAAUCCAUGGGUGUUGCUGAGAGUGCAGAUAAAACCUUUUUCUGUUAGAACUUGUCAGCCGCAAGCUGAGUUCUUUGAGUGUCGCUGUAACAAAGACUGCUUUGUAUUCUUAGUUCUCUGGUGAUGUCAUGCUUGGGGUUAACCAAGGCAUUACCUCACCUGGGCACACAGACAUUAUAUGUUCGGGCAGAUGUAGUCUUAUUUACUAAACACUGUGAGGGGAAGAAAAAGAGAAAAUAUUUACUUCAUAUAUUUUCAGAUUGGUUUGGGUUUUUAGAUCAUUAUCUGAUUUGAGCUAUUCUGAAAUCAAUGGAUGAAGCUGUCACCUAAUAGAUUUGCGCUCAAUGAUUCUCAAUGAAGACAGACUGGUCAGCAUGUACCUGCAAUAGUGACACUAUUCACUGAGUCCUGACUAGGGACAGCUCUGUCCCAAAGUAGGCAAUAAGACUUCUCUAGUUGUCCAUCUUUGGUGCCGGCACUCUACUCAGACCACAGAUUUAGUGUUACUAAACUGGAGGCGGGAUUGAGGGUUUGUUUUUAAAUGUUAACAGCAUCCAACUACUGUACAGUUCAUGCCAUUACUGAUGUUUGAUUCAAUAUUUGGUUCGUCAUAGCCAUGAUAUAGCCCCUUUGACCUGCUGUUUGUUUUCACAGGUCCCUCCCUGUACUUUUAAGCACAUCCUGGGAAUGCAGCUGUUUGUUUUUCAGGUGUAUCGUGUUAACGUAGUAGAGAAUGUACACAACACAGACAGAACUGUACCAAAUGCCUUUUGUGGAAACUAAUCUCCUGUACCAGCAUUGGCUGAUGUUAAUUUUUGUACAGUAUGUCACCCCACUGAAUGUCAAUAGAAAGCAAAAUCUGUAUUACUUCAGCACUUUACUAACUCCUAUUGCUUUGAACCUAUACUCAGUAAGAACCAGAGCUAGCUACAAAGCUACAUCCAGAACAUGCACUACUGUAAAACAUGGAGUCUUCGGUGAUGAAUACAGUGUAACUUGAUUGCAUGAGCCACUCGUCUUUUCAAGAGAUUGGCAUUACUCUAACAUACUGCCAUUGUUAAAUAUUAAAACAUUUCUUGUUUUCCG